AUGUCAGAGCCGACGCCGGCCGAGGCCGGUACCGCGGGGGCCCGGGAGGACGCCUGUCGGGAUUAUCAGUCAUCCCUCGAAGACCUGACCUUCAAUAGCAAACCGCACAUCAAUAUGCUGACCAUUCUAGCCGAGGAGAACCUGCCCUUCGCCAAGGAGAUCGUCUCUCUCAUCGAGGCCCAAACCGCCAAGGCUCCUUCCUCAGAGAAGCUUCCUGUUAUGUACCUUAUGGAUUCUAUCGUGAAAAACGUUGGACGAGAGUAUCUCACUGCCUUUACUAAAAAUCUAGUUGCAACAUUUAUUUGUGUGUUUGAAAAGGUGGAUGAAAAUACUAGAAAAAGUUUAUUUAAAUUACGUUCCACAUGGGAUGAGAUAUUCCCAUUGAAGAAACUUUAUGCCCUGGAUGUCAGAGUCAAUUCAUUAGAUCCUGCUUGGCCUAUUAAACCUCUACCCCCCAAUGUGAAUACAUCUAGCAUCCAUGUGAAUCCUAAAUUUUUAAAUAAAUCGCCUGAAGAGCCUUCAACACCUGGCACAGUGGUCACUUCCCCUAGCAUCUCCACUCCUCCAAUUGUUCCUGAUAUACAAAAGAAUCUUACCCAAGAACAACUAAUAAGGCAGCAGUUACUUGCAAAACAAAAACAGUUAUUAGAACUUCAGCAGAAAAAGCUGGAGCUUGAACUAGAGCAAGCUAAAGCACAACUGGCAGUUUCUCUUAGUGUUCAGCUGGAGACAUCCAACUUAGGUCCUGGAUCUGCACCGUCCAAAUUACAUGUUUCACAAAUUCCCCCUAUGGCAGUUAAAACUCCCCAUCAGAUUCCUUUGCAACCUGAAAAAAGCCGUCCAGGUCCAUCCUUACAAAUUCAGGACUUGAAAGGAACAAACCGGGAUCCCCGUCUUAAUAGGAUGAGUCAGCAUUCUCAUGGAAAAGAUCAAAGUCACAGAAAAGAAUUCCUAAUGAAUACAUUAAACCAAUCUGAUAUUAAGACAAGUAAAACUAUACCUUCUGAAAAACUAAAUUCAUCCAAACAAGAAAAAAGUAAAUCGGGUGAAAAAAUAACCAAGAAAGAACUUGACCAGUUAGAUUCUAAAUCUAAAUCUAAAUCUAAAUCACCAUCACCUUUGAAAAACAAAUUCUCUCACACAAAAGACUUGAAAAAUCAAGAAUCUGAAUGCUCAAGGGUGUCUGACAUGAGUAAGAGAGAUCCAAGAUUAAAAAAACAUCUUCAAGAUAAGACUGAUAGCAAAGAUGAUGAUAUAAAAGAAAAGAGAAAAACUUCAGAAAAAAAAGAUAAAGAUGAGCAUAUGAAAUCAUCUGAACAUAGACUGGUUGGAAGUCGAAAUAAAAUCGUUAAUGGCAUUGUACAAAAACAAGAUGCAAUAACAGAAGACUCAGAAAAACAGGGAACAAAACCAGGGAGAUCAAGUACUAGAAAGCGAUCAAGAUCGAGAUCACCCAAGUCUCGGUCACCAAUUAUACAUUCUCCUAAGAGAAGAGAUAGGCGGUCACCCAAACGAAGGCAAAGGAGUAUGUCUCCAACCUCAACAGCCAAAGCUGGAAAGAUUCGCCAAUCUGGAUGUAAGCAGUCACAUAUGGAGGACUUUAUGCCACCUUCCAGGGAAGAAAGAAAUGCUAAGAGAAGUACUAAACAGGAUGUUCGAGAUCCAAGGCGAAUAAAAAAGACUGAAGAGGAACGACCGCAAGAAACUACAAGUCAGCAUUCUACAAAGUCAGGCACUGAACCAAAGGAGAAUGUAGAAAAUUGGUCAAGUUCCAAGUCUAACAAAAGAUGGAAAUCUGGUUGGGAAGAAAAUAAAAGCUUACAACAAGGUGACGACCAUAGUAAAUCUCCUCAUCUAAGGCAUAGGGAAAGCUGGUCAAGCACUAAAGGAAUUUUGUCACCUCGAGCCCCAAAGCAACAGCAUCAAUUAAGUGUAGAUGCCAAUCUUCAGAUUCCUAAAGAGUUAACUCUUGCAAGCAAAAGAGAAUUACUUCAAAAGACGAGUGAACGUUUAGCAUCUGGUGAAAUUACACAGGAUGAGUUCCUUGUUGUUGUGCAUCAAAUUCGACAGCUAUUUCAGUAUCAAGAAGGUAAACAUAGAUGCAAUGUACGAGAUAGUCCUUCAGAAGAAAAUAAAGGUGGAUUAAAAAAGAAACCUCUCUUAUCUGAUGCUGAAUUAACCUACUAUGAACAUAAAGCAAAACUGAAAAGGACACAGGUUCAGCAUUCAUUUCCAAGACUUGAUCUCUUAGAUCCUGAUAUUUUUGACUACCCUUUGACCGAUGCCUUGUUGUCUGGAAUAGAAUGUGAGCCAUCCAAAAGUAAACAUGCAAGUAGGAAUAGUGGAGCACAGUUUGACAGAAAAGAACAAUUUAGUGAAAGAGCAAGACGUCUUUCUCCUAUAUCUGGGAGUCGUUCUUAUGCUGAGAAUCUUUCACCCCAUGAGGGCCGGAGAAGACAUGACGAGCAAGUCUCUGCUAAAGGUGUGCGAGAAGAGCAGAGGUCACCAUUCAAUGAUCGUUUUCCACUUAAGCGACGUAGAUAUGAAGAUGCAGAUAAACCAUUUGUAGAUAGCCCAGCAUCACGAUUCGCCGGCCUCGAUACAAAUCAGCGACUUACAGCGUUAGCUGAAGACAGACCAUUAUUUGAUGGACCUAGUAGGCCAUCAGUAACAAGAGAUGGCCCAACCAAGAUGAUUUUUGAAGGACCUAAUAAAUUAAGCCCUAGAAUUGAUGGACCUCCUGCACCAGGUUCUCUUCGAUUUGAUGGGUCACCUGGACAAAUGGGGGGAGGUGGUCCUUUGAGAUUUGAAGGACCACAAGGUCAGCUAGGAGGCGGGUGUCCUUUGAGAUUUGAAGGUCCUCCAGGACCAGUAGGGACACCUUUGCGGUUUGAAGGGCCAAUUGGUCAAGCAGGCAGAGGUGGUUUUCGGUUUGAAGGUUCCCCUGGUCUGAGGUUUGAGGGCCCCCAUGGUCAGUCAGUAACUGGUCUGAGGUUUGAAGGACAACAUAAUCAACUUGGUGGAAACCUUAGGUUUGAGGGUCCACAUGGUCAACCAGGGGUUGGGAUCAGGUUUGAGGGACCCUUAGUCCAACAAGGAGGUGGAAUGAGGUUUGAGGGUCCUGUACCAGGAGGUGGACUGAGAAUUGAAGGGCCUCUGGGUCAAGGUGGUCCAAGAUUUGAAGGUUGUCAUGCUUUAAGGUUUGAUGGGCAGCCAGGUCAGCCAUCACUCUUACCAAGAUUUGAUGGAUUACAUGGUCAACCAGGUCCUAGAUUUGAAAGAACUGGUCAACCAGGCCCACAGAGAUUUGAUGGACCACCUGGACAGCAGGUUCAACCAAGAUUUGAUGGUGUUCCUCAAAGAUUUGAUGGUCCACAACACCAGCAAGCAUCAAGGUUUGAUAUUCCCCUUGGUCUUCAAGGCGCACGAUUUGACAAUCAUCCUUCACAAAGGCUUGAAUCCGUUUCUUUCAGUCAGACUGGUCCAUAUAAUGAGCCGCCUGGCAAUGCUUUUAAUACCCCAUCCCAAGGACUGCAAUUCCAAAGACACGAACAAAUAUUUGAUUCACCUCAAGGACCAAAUUUUAAUGGACCACAUGGCCCUGGGAACCAGAGUUUCUCAAAUCCCCUUAGCAGAGCUUCUGGACACUAUUUUGAUGAAAAGAACCUUCAAAGUUCUCAAUUUGGAAACUUUGGCAAUUUACCUGCUCCAAUAACAGGAAACAUUCAGGCAUCUCAACAAGUUCUGACUGGUGUUGCUCAACCAGUACCAUUUGGCCAAGGACAACAAUUUUUACCAGUUCAUCCACAAAAUCCUGGAGCAUUUGUUCAGAAUCCUUCAGGAGCCCUUCCUAAGGCAUAUCCUGAUAAUCACCUCAGUCAGGUGGAUGUAAAUGAAUUAUUUUCAAAACUGCUAAAAACAGGAAUUCUCAAAUUGUCCCAGCCUGAUUCAGCUACAACACAAGUAAAUGAAGUUGCUGCUCAGCCUCCCACUGAAGAGGAGGAAGAUCAAAAUGAAGAUCAAGAUGUUCCAGAUCUUACCAAUUUUACGAUUGAAGAGUUAAAACAACGUUAUGAUAGUGUUAUAAAUCGACUGUACACUGGUAUUCAGUGUUACUCUUGUGGAAUGAGGUUUACAACAUCACAGACAGAUGUUUAUGCAGAUCACUUGGACUGGCAUUAUCGGCAAAAUAGAACUGAAAAAGAUGUUAGCAGAAAAGUCACUCAUAGACGUUGGUACUACAGUUUAACAGACUGGAUAGAAUUUGAGGAAAUAGCUGAUUUGGAAGAACGUGCAAAGAGCCAGUUUUUUGAAAAGGUGCAUGAAGAAGUUGUGCUCAAAACUCAGGAAGCUGCUAAAGAAAAGGAGUUCCAAAGUGUACCGGCAGGGCCAGCUGGAGCAGUGGAGAGUUGUGAAAUCUGUCAAGAACAAUUUGAACAAAUCUGGGAUGAAGAAGAGGAGGAGUGGCAUUUAAAGAAUGCCAUUAGAGUGGAUGGAAAGAUUUAUCAUCCAUCAUGUUAUGAAGAUUAUCAAAAUACAUCUUCAUUUGAUUGUACACCAUCUCCCAGCAAGACACCAGUUGAAAACCCUUUGAACAUUAUGUUGAACAUUGUCAAAAAUGAAUUGCAGGAACCCUGUGAAAGUCCCAAAGUUAAGGAAGAACAAAUUGAUACCCCACCAGCUUGUACAGAGGAGAGCAUAGCAACACCCACUGAAAUUAAAACUGAAAAUGAUACAGUUGAGUCAGUUUAAAUAAAAUGAGAAAGGUAUGUUUUUCUUUUUUUAAAAAGCUGCUGUUUGGAUGUAGGUGAAGAAUUUUUUAAUGUAUAUAUAGAACUAUCUAUAUAAAUUGUCUAGCUGAGGCAGGGCCUUCAGCUAUUAUUUGGUUAAUAAAUACAUUUUAGUAUUUGCCUAUCCUACUGACUGCACAGUUUCAGGUGCUUGUUGUGUGAAAGUUCUGUAGAUGUGUGCAGAUUUAACAAAAUGAAAUUGUAUGUGUAAAAAUGUACGAUUUUCACUUGUGAAACUGUAAAUUAUAAAUAAAAAAUAUUUUUGCUACCCCUGGAGUGUAAUAUUUAUGCACACCAUCAAAUAAAGACAGUGUUUCUGUACUUUUUAUUGGGUGAAAAUGGAAUUAAACAGCAACCUCAACAUAAGAUUUUUUUCUGGUAGUUCUCAUGAUUAAAGCAAAGUCUAAGUUAGUUUUAUCCUUCAAAGGGGGGUUGAGAGAGAGCGCUGCAGGACUUUUCUCAAGAAAGCCAGAUUUGAAAAAAUUUUAGAAACAAUAGGACAUUUAUGCAUAUAUAUAUAUAUAUUAUAUAUAUCUCCAGCUAUAGAGAACCAUUCAGAUGUCCUUUUUUGAAAAAUAUCUAACGAAGCAACUUUUAUUCUUUAACUUGGACAUUGAUGCCAUCAAGUAAUUAACGAAUAUAUUUAAGUACUAAAGGUGACUUUUUUUUAAUGGCAUUUUUCAAAUUUGUCACAAUUUAAUGCAGUGAACAUAUUUCUAUUUUAAGUUACAGGGGAGUCUGUAAGAAUGUUCAUUUGAAACAUGGUUAACCUUUUUCAUUUGUUGGUUUUGACUGAAUUAGAUGGAUACCAUGAGAUGUUAAUAUUCAUACAUGUAAUAAAUAGAAUGAUUAAGAAA